CACGACAUUAAGUCAAUUGCAUUCUAUAGAGCAAAGUAGCUUGAUGUCAAUUUGAGGUUGGUCUCAAGCCAAACUUACACAACAAGCAAUGGAGUUACAUUCCGAAAAAGCCAAAGAUCAGCAUUCCCUAAACGCAACUUUUGUUAAUCUUGGGUUCGACAAAGAAACGGGAGAGAAUGGAACAUCCAGCAGGAAAUCGAGCCUUGGAAGCGGAAAGGGGGACUUUAAAUUCUCAAUGAAAGCGUCACAACCCGUGACAUAUUCGUGGGAAAAUAUUGAAGUUUACCUAGAAAAGAAACAGGGAAAUUGCUUCAAGCGUUUGCCACCAACUCAGAAACGAAUUCUGGACAAUGUCACCGGAUGUGUUCGCCCUGGCGAAUUUUUGGCUAUCAUGGGAGCCAGCGGAGCUGGCAAAACCACUCUGCUCAAUUGUCUGACUUUCAGAAACACAGGACAAUUGAAAGUGUCGGGUGAAAGAAACCUCAAUGGCGCCAAAGUAAACACGGAUACCCUAGCCCGCAUUUCAGGCUAUGUACAGCAAGACGACCUGUUCAUCCCUACGCUUACUGUCAAGGAGCAUCUAGAGUUCCAGGCCUUAUUGCGAAUGGAGAAACAUUUGAGUUACAAUGAACGAAUGAUUCGUGUAGAUGAAGUGAUUAACGAGCUAGGACUGAAAAAGUGUCAAAACACAGUUAUAGGCAAUCCAGAAAGAGGAGUCAAAGGCAUUUCGGGAGGUGAGAGGAAACGACUGGCAUUCGCCUCGGAGGUAUUGACCAAUCCUUCGUUGAUGUUUUGUGACGAACCCACGUCUGGUCUCGAUUCUUACAUGGCACAAAACAUCGUUCAGGUCUUGAAAAAUAUUGCAGACACGGGCAAGACUGUGGUGUGCACGAUCCACCAACCGUCAUCGGAAGUGUUUGCCAUGUUCGAUCGAAUUCUUUUAAUGGCUGACGGUAGAACGGCCUUUCUCGGCCCGGCCAGUGACGCUCUUUCAUUUUUCGCCUUGAAAGGAUUGUCAUGCCCACCCAACUACAAUCCUGCCGAUUUUUACAUUCACAUCCUGGCCACGGUCCCUGGUCAGGAAGAGGAAUCCAAAAAGAAAAACAGGGAGAUUUGUGAUGCUUACAGUUCAUCGGAAGCGGGUCAACAAAUUUUAAAAAUUGCCCAGGCCAAUCGUUCACUGAAUUCCACCGAAAGUCAAGAAUUUGAAUUGGCUGAAGUAAAAGUUAACCGGACUCCAUACAAGGCUUCCUGGAUCGCUCAACUGAGGGCCGUAUUUUGGCGGUCCGUUAUUUCAGUAUUCAGGGAACCAGUGGUUAUAAGAGUCAAGAUUAUCCAAACUAUUUUCAUUUCAGCUCUCAUCGCAGCAAUUUACCAAGGGCAAUCACUCCAACUCUCUGACGUUCGCAACAUUCAAGGUGCUCUCUUCAUAUUCCUCACCAACAUGACUUUCUCAAACGUCUUUGGAGUCGUCAAUGCGAUAACCGCUGAACUGCCGAUAUUUCUGCGCGAACAUUUCAACGGAAUGUACCGGACGGACGUUUAUUUCAUUUCCAAAUCUUUUGCCGACCUCCCAUUGUUCAUUAUUCUGCCCUUCAUUUUCAUAUCAAUACCCUACUUUGCUAUUGGAUUAAAUCCUGCUGCCGACAGGUUUUUUAUCGCCAGCGGGAUCAUCAUUCUUGUCGCUAACGUAGCUUCUGCAUUCGGUUUUAUGGUCUCGUGCAUUGCUGGCACGACUGACAUUGCUCUCGCUAUAGCACCUGCACUAGUUAUUCCUCUGCUGUUGUUUGGAGGAUUCUUUUUGUCGAACGAGGAUGUACCAGUCUACUUUGACUGGAUGCGCUAUAUCUCUUGGUUCAUGUACGGCAAUGAGGCACUUUCGAUCAAUCAAUGGUCUGGCGUCACCUUUAACGACACGGGCUGCCCAGGUGAAGUGUGCACCGGGGAGGCCAUUUUAGCACAAUUUCAAUUUAACCCGGACUACUUUGGCCGAGACAUUUGGUGCUUGGUUGCUAUGAUUGUCGGCUUACGUAUUUUAGGCUUUUUAGGACUUCUGAGCAAGACCUAUCGCAAAAAAUAGAUUAUUCUGAACAAGUGAAUUCAAUUGGCCUAUCCUCGUACUUCCCAUAAAAAAUUAUCUGUCUGUGUUGAACCGAACGAGAAAUAAACGUCAUAGAUUUCACGAACGAAAAACACUCAAACGAACGAUGAAAAUCCCAGAAAUUAACAUAGGAUUCUAAAAAAAAACUAUCUUUGCAAAUGAGGCUGUAACAAUAACGAGGAAAAUUGGGGAAAAGAAUGUUUUUUUAUGUUCCUACCUUUGUGUUGUCUUCUUGGCAAUGAAUUGAUGACAUGGAAGAGUUGAUGAAUUAAUGAUGAAAUGUAGUAUCACUGCUGUGGCUUGGACGAAAAUUUAUUUGGGCCCAUUAUUCUGUCAAUAUCUGAGCGACCAUAGUAGUAGUUCAAGAAUAGUCUACUGAAAUUAUAAGAGAAAAAAAAUUUAAAUAUAUUCAUCUAGA